AUGGAUAUUUCAAUUCAACUAGAUCACCCAAAGGCCAUCUUCAGCAAUGGCGACUCGAUCACGGGCAACAUCGUCAUUUACUGCCCUGCGAGUGUUACCACUGUUUCGAAAAUUACAGCAACGUUAGUCGGCGAGAGUAUACUCUCUUAUACCGACAUAAGCGGCUUGUUGAUCGACCGGAAGCAGCAGGAUAAGCAUCGUAUCCCUGAUGAGGCAGAGUGUAGCUCAUGUCCUCCGGAUUCACCAUUUAUAUUGCCCGCAUAUGAUGAGAAAUAUGCAGACCAAUCGACAUUCUCUUCGCGCAAUAUGCUACCACCGUCGAUGCACAAUCUUGUCGACGGGGCGGCGGUCUCAUAUCGUAUUGACGUAGCAGUAACCAGCAUGCGCAAUAUCUUCAAAUCAACAAUGAAAAAGAACUUGAACAUCACAGUAUGGCCCAUGGAAACACAUCAUCAAUCUCUUGACUCCAUGUCCGAAAAACCCAGCGCACUCCCCUGCGUAAAGUCAGUACAAGCAACCAUCAUAGGCCCAUAUACCCAUCUCUCAACACCACACAAUUCUCCAACCGAAUCCAUGCAUCGCCUCUCCACAACCGCCUCCGCAGCUCAAAUAUCGAUUUCCGCUCACUUCCUUCCGAACUACUCUCUCCUGCGUAACCGCCACAUGACCAUGCGACUCAGCAUCUUGAAAAUCAACUCCUUCGCCUACGACCUCUACCUCCAGUCUUUUCAGAUGCUGUUGGUUGGGUACACAGAUAUCAAAGCCAAGAGCCCAUCUCCAACGGAUACACAGAUCUCGUGCUGGACAAUUCAAAGCAUGAGUAACAUUGGUUUACCCGUACUCCACAACUUUGAGGACGUCGGCGCCGAACGGGAGAUUGAUAGGAAUCUAUGGGAGGGCGAGGCGCUGCCAGACAUCAUUGUACCAAGUUUCGACUCGUGUGGGUUGGUGAGAAGGUAUGAGCUGGAUAUCUCGAUGGGAUUUCAGUGUCGGGGGGCACAGGAUCAGGCUGGUCGGAUACUAUUUGUUCAGUUGAGAACACCCGUACAUAUCUCCUCUGGGAUACUUCCUGGUCGGCAGCUUGGAAAUGGGUAUGAUAAGAAGUUGUUCCUGGAUGGAGAGCUGGUGCCCAUCAACAUGCGUUCGGAAGAAGACUUGGGUAUACAUGACGAGCACCGGUAUAGCACUACCCAGCGUGCGGAUGCCGCGCUUGGACACGACGCCAUACCGAUGGGUCUGCCGCCUACGUACGAAGAAGCUACCAUGGUGUCUCGGCGAUCGAUUGAUACGGUGCUGGCGCAUGGUAGGAUGAAGUAG